AUGAACGGCGCCCAAUUUACAGACCGGGCCAACAAGGCCUUGCUCGACUCCAGCAGCCUGUGUGAGCAGUACGCUCACUCACAAAUCCUGCCCCUUCACCUGGCAGUCGCUCUUCUUAACCCUUCCCCUGAUGAAUCAGAAGACCAGCAGCCCGUGGGCCAUGCAUCUCAUGAUGGUGCUGCGGCACCCCUCUUCCGCCAAGUCAUCGAGCGUGCCCACGGUGACUCCCAACUCCUCGACCGUUCUCUGAUGAAGUUGCUCGUCCGUCUUCCUAGCCAAGACCCUCCACCAGAGAAUCCCAGUGUGUCUCCUCAACUUGCGAAAGUCAUCCGAUCUGCCACCGAUUUGUCCAAGACACAGAAGGACAGCUUUGUCGCAGUUGACCACCUGAUCCAAUCAGUGUGUCAGGACUCGCAGGUCCAGCGUGCGCUGGGCGAUGCCAAUAUCCCUAAUCUUAAGCUGAUCGACACUGCUGUUCAGCAAAUUCGUGGUACGCGCCGCGUCGACUCCAAGACUGCCGACGCCGAAAGCGAGAAUGAGAACCUGAAGAAAUUCACCAUUGACAUGACCUCAUUGGCUCGCGAGGGCAAGAUCGACCCUGUUAUUGGUCGAGAGGAGGAGAUUCGACGAGUGAUUCGCAUCCUUAGUCGACGCACCAAGAACAACCCUGUGCUGAUCGGUGAGCCCGGUGUUGGUAAGACCACCAUUGUUGAAGGUCUCGCCCGCCGCAUUGUCAAUGCCGAUAUUCCCGCCAACCUCGCCCAAUGCCGUCUUUUGUCUCUUGAUGUCGGUUCGCUUGUUGCGGGCAGCAAGUACCGCGGUGAAUUCGAAGAGCGCAUGAAGGGUGUUCUCAAAGAGAUUGAAGAUUCCAAAGACACUAUUGUUCUAUUCGUCGACGAGAUCCACCUGCUUAUGGGCGCUGGAUCCAGUGGUGAGGGCGGCAUGGACGCUGCCAACCUUCUCAAGCCCAUGCUGGCCCGUGGUCAGUUGCACUGUAUUGGCGCCACCACUUUGAGCGAGUAUCGCAAGUACAUUGAGAAAGAUCAAGCUUUCGAGCGUCGCUUCCAACAGGUUCUGGUUAAGGAGCCAUCUGUCCCAGAGACCAUCUCUAUUCUGCGUGGUCUGAAGGAGAAGUACGAAGUCCACCACGGUGUCAACAUUCUUGACGGUGCCAUUGUCACUGCUGCCACUCUUGCAUCUCGUUAUCUGACUGGCCGUCGUCUCCCCGACUCGGCUGUUGAUCUUAUUGAUGAGGCGGCAGCAGCCGUCCGUGUCACUCGUGAGUCCGAGCCAGAAGCUCUUGACACACUUGAACGAAAGGCCCGCCAGCUUCAAAUCGAAAUUCAUGCGUUGGAACGUGAACAGGACGACGCAUCAAAGGCUCGUCUUGAGGCCGCCAAGCAGGAAGCUGCCAACGUUGGAGAGGAGCUCCGGCCCAUGCGCGAGAAGUACGAGAGCGAGAAGCAGCGCAGCCGAGAAGUUCAGGAUGCUAAGAUCAAGCUCGACUCUCUCAAGGUCAAGCGUGAUGAAGCCGAACGCUCAGGUGAUACCCAAACAGCUGCCGACCUUGAGUACUACGCUAUUCCAGAGACCAAGACCCUCAUUGAACGUCUUGAGUCCGACCGCGCCAAGGCUGAUGCCGAACGUCGUGCCAACUCCGGAGAUGGCGGCGAAGCACUUCUUGCCGAUGCCGUCGGCCCCGAUCAGAUCAACGAAAUUGUCGGCCGGUGGACUGGUAUUCCAGUUACUAGGCUGAAGACUACCGAGAAGGACAAGCUUCUCAAGAUGGAGAAGUCCCUCGGAAACCUCGUUGUCGGCCAGAAAGAGGCGGUUGUUUCCGUUUCGAACGCCAUUCGUCUGCAACGCUCUGGUCUCAGCAACCCCAACUCGCCUCCCAGCUUCUUGUUCUGUGGUCCUUCUGGUACUGGUAAGACUUUGCUCACCAAGGCUCUUGCCGAGUUCCUUUUCGACGACCCCAAGGCCAUGAUCCGAUUCGAUAUGUCCGAAUACCAAGAGCGACACUCACUGAGCCGGAUGAUCGGUGCACCUCCCGGCUACGUUGGCCACGACGCCGGUGGCCAACUGACCGAGUCUCUGCGCCGCCGCCCCUUCUCUAUCUUGCUCUUUGAUGAGGUCGAGAAGGCCGCCAAGGAAGUUCUUACCGUCCUCCUCCAACUCAUGGACGAUGGCCGUAUCACCGAUGGCCAAGGCCGCAUUGUCGACGCAAAGAACUGCAUCGUCGUCAUGACCUCCAACCUAGGCGCCGAGUUCCUCGCCCGCCCUACCACCAAGGACGGCCGCAUCGACCCCCAGACUCGCGAGAUGGUCAUGGGCGCUCUGCGCGACUACUUCCUGCCAGAGUUCCUCAACCGUAUCUCCAGCACAGUCAUCUUCAACCGUCUCACCAAGCGGGAGAUUCGCAAGAUCGUCGAUCUCCGCCUGGAAGAGGUUCAGAAGCGUCUCGAGCACAAUGGACGCAAUGUCUUGAUCGACUGUUCCGCCGAAGUCAAGGACUACCUGGGUGCGGCUGGAUACUCUCCCGCCUAUGGUGCCCGUCCUCUUGGUCGUCUCAUCGAGCGCGAACUCCUCAACCGUCUCGCCGUCCUCAUCCUUCGCGGUGCUGUCCAAGAUGGCGAGGUAGCCCGUGUCAUCAUGCGCGACGGUCGCAUUGUGGUUCUGCCUAAUCAUGUCCUUGGCGAAAGCAGUGACAGCGAUGAUGACAUGAUGGACUCGGAUGAUAUUGACGCUGAGAUGGAGACUGAUAUGCCCGAUCUGUACGAUGAUUAA